AUGAGUAAAACAGGAAAAAGUCUUGAACAAUAUAUCGCAGAAACUCCUUUAAUUGAAAUUAAUGAACUUAAACAAAGAGCAAAAAAUGGAAUUCCUGAAAAACAAAGACCAUUUGUAUGGAAAGUGUUAUGUGGAUAUUUACCAGAGAAUGUAUCUUUACAUAGUUCUAAACAAAAAGUAAAAAGAAGAGAAUAUUGUAGGUUAGUUCAAUACCAUUUUCAUAUAACACAAAAAAAUUAUCCUAAAGCAUGGAAAAGUGUAAAAGAACAAAUUAAAAAAGAUAUUCCAAGGACAUAUCUUAAACCAUUUAAAUUGUUUAAAUGUAAAGAAUUUGGUGAUGUUAUUGCUAGAAUAUCAGUAGUUUGGUCUUUUGAACAUGCAGAUAUCUUAUUUUUUCAAGGAUUAUUAGAUUGGGUUUCAUUAUUUUUUAUUACUUAUCUCUUCGAACAUAUCUCAUUUAAAGAUGCAAUUGAAAUUACUGAUUUAUCUUCUUUUACUCCUAAAUGGAUAUUACAAGUAGAAACUGAUUGUUAUUAUUCACUUUGUGCAACAUUAGAUAAAUAUAGAGAUCUUCUUGUUUCUGACUUUGGACGAAUUUUUAAUGCAGUUAAAGUCCUUGAGAAUAUAGUUCAAAAAUAUGACCCAACUUUAAACCAAUUUAUUUUGGAAUAUCCAGAAUUAUAUCUCACUUCUACCAGAUCAUUCAUUUGUCCUUUCACUAGAAAUUUUAACUUUCCACAAAUGUAUUAUAUUUUUGACGCAAUGUUAUCUACUGAAAUGUUUUAUAGUCAUUUUUAUUUCGUUGCUGGACUGUUUAUUGAAAACGAAGAACAUAUAAUGAAAGACUCUGACAUUAUUGAAGUAAUGCAAGCAGUUCAAUCUUUACCAACUAAAACUUGGGAUUUACAAAAGAUUAAAAUUUAUAUCUCAAAUGCUUUGAUGAUGUAUCAUAAUGAUAUGCCUUCUAAGUUAGAAGUUUUUUUACCAAUGCAAGACCCUAUUCAAAUACCUCCUUAUCUAAAACACAAAACUUCACAAUUAACUCUUAAACAAUUACCUUAUUUAGAUGAAAUAACCCAAACACUUUUUAGGUAUACUAUUGCUUUAGUUCUUAUUAGAUUCUUUAUUAGCCUUAUAACUGUUGUUAUAGUCGUACUUGCUCUUAUUAUUAAACACCAAACAAAAUUAUCUUUAAAGACUUUCUAA